UUCUCCUAUCACUGUUUAAAUCCGCAUCUAACAGGUGAGCAGAAACCUGUUGUCUGCCGUCUACUCCUUCCACCACCUACCGCUACAUUGUCCCCCGAAACGUGUGCUUCUCCGAUGCUCCAAUUGCCCUCAGCAUACAUACCUACGCCUGAUCCGCAUGCUACACUUAAAUGGUACACUGGCCGAACGCUUGAUCACAUCAUUGGCUAUAUGUGGUGGCUUCUCACAGUGGCAGGAGCCGGGUCGACCAUUGUAGGGAUUUUCUCCAUGGUGGAUUAA